AUGGUUUAUAGUGGUUUCUCAGAUGCAAUUGCACUUUGUAAUUACAGUGAUGAUAAAGAUAUAAUAGAGGUAGAGGUAAUGUAUGCCAGCGACAAAGACAGAGAAUACAUUCCGCAUAUUGAUGAAGAAUCCGGUGAUGAUGACGAAGAUGAGAGAAAGGUAACAGAUAAGUUUGCAGCCACCAGAAACAUCUUUGAUAUAUUCAAUGGAAAUUGUCAAAAAUUAAACUCUCGAGGCGAGACUCUAACAGUGGAUGAACAACUCUUGAGACCCAGGGUCAAUUACCCCUUCAGAGUGUAUAUACCUAGUAAACCUGUAAAUUAUGGUCUGAUACUGAUUAUGGUUUGUGACAACCGCUCUAAGUACAUGCUGAAUGCAGCUCCAUGCCUAGGGAAGGAACAGUCGAGGCCUGUUGGUAACAUGACACUGGGCCACUACUACACCAAACACCUCAGGUCCUUAUCACCAUACGAACCGAAGCGGGGCAACUGA